GGUGGAACAAUCGUACGAUCUUCACUCRCCUCACAKCSUCGUACAGUGGACARCGUGCCUAGACUCAAGAACACUUGUUGUAAUUCUACAAUAACUUGUAAUUUACAAUGGCUUCAAGACCRAAGGGCUUCGGUAUGACUGCAGAACUCCAAAGGAAGAAAGAUGCAAAGUAUGAUCCAGAGCUUGAAGCGCAAGCAAGGGCAUGGAUGRAUGCAGUUUUGGGGGGAAAUGACAUGGCUGGAGGACCUGRUCAGRAUGACUUCCAUGCAAAGUUGAMGGAUGGUGUCAUACUUUGUAGGUUGGCCAAUGCACUUGGUGGUAAUAUUAAAUUCAACCAGAGUAAGAUGGCAUUCAAAAUGAUGGAAAAUAUUGGAAAAUUUUUGGAAUUUUGUGACAGUAUUGGUGUGCCAAAAACUGAUAUUUUCCAAACAGUUGACUUGUACGAGAAACAAAACAUGUCUCAGGUCGUUAAUGGAAUCCAUGCCUUGGGAAGAAAGGCCAGUUCAACGGGAAAAACCAGACAUACCUUGGGUCCCAAAGAAGCAACAGCUAACAAACGUGAGUUCACAGAAGAACAAUUGAGGGACGGCCAGAACGUGAUUGGUUUGCAAAUGGGAACGAAUAAAGGUGCCAGUCAAUCAGGCGACCAUUUUGGACGACCAAGACAAGUUGCCGGUGCCAAUGUUUAUAAAUAAACCAAUCAAAACUCAUGCAAAUCGUAACGUCAUUUUAAGUCAUAUAAAGCUAAACUARAGUGUGUGUAUUAAUAAUGUGUUAUAUAACGGUUACAAUCUAUAGCACGCGGUAAAAAGUCUUUUGUAGUGAUGUAAUCCUUUCAAUAAAUUCUGAUCGUCGAUUCCGUUCAAUUUGUAAA